AUGCAAAGUUCUGUUUACGUGCAUUUCGGUACUAUUAGAAUAGAACGAUAUCAGAUAGUUUCAGUAAUUGAUUUAGGUUCCCCUACACCGAAUGGUAGUAAUGGUGAAGUGCGGGAAGGUUUACUCAAAAGUGACACUGGUGAUACACCUUCUGGAACGAGGUCUUUGGCUGGCACAACGCCUAUCCGGAUAGUUUCCGCCAUUAAUCAUCCUCGGGAAGGCGUUCAGUCCCAUCGCCUACCUCCUGGUGUUCGGGUUGUGCGUGGAUCAACAGUUUCUGGCGCCAGUGGGGUGCGUUCUCCCACUCAUCAUGUGCGUACAGUACUGGGAACUGGUGCUUCACAUCCUGGCCGCAUGGUGAGCUCGGGAUUGCUAUCAUCUGGUGCAGCAGGCGGCAUUCGAUCGGCACCAAUCCGGACAGUGGUUGGUGCAGGACAAGGUAUGCGAGUUGUGCAGCAGGCUGGUCGUACUUUGAUCGCUGUUCCCAGCGGUUCUCGUUUGGCUGCCACGCUCUCGUCGGUUGCGGCGAGAGCAGCACCCGUGGAGCUUACCACUACUGCUAACAAUGUUCCAGCUCUUUCUGUUGUCGACGUCAAUCGGUCAAAGUCCACAGACAAACUGAAUUCUGACGAGCAACUCUCGGACGGCUCGGUCAGCACUGAUAUCCGUGAAAGUUCUGUUGAGUUGAACGAUGAAAGCGAAGUGGCCGUGCAGCAUACAAAUUGCUCUACGGGUGUGAACGGAUCUGAAGCGUCUACAUCUCAGCAUGAGGAAUCAUUGGUGCUGUCGGAACCAACCUCCGCCUCUGAAGAGAAGGAAAUGACUGGUUUGACCAGUAGUGGAAUGGUUACAAGACGCAUGACACGCGGAAAUGGCGCUUCCAUCAAAGCUGUCGAUGCCAACCAGACCGUUGAAACUUUGGAUAUGGGUUGCUCCAGAAUGGACCUUCCAUUAGCUCCUCCUCCACGCCGACGAGCGACAAAAAGGCCUAAGUACUCUCUUUCAACGGGUGAACUAGUCAGAGCGCAGUAUAUCCUUCCACCCGACCAACUACCUCGUCGUGUCUCUGUACCGCGUGAAGAAAAUCCGUUGAGUCUGACUGAGCAGGCUCGAUUGUCUCGGAGGCCGAUAGUCGUUCAUUCGGUAAUUCGUUCCUCUAAACCGUAAUA